AUGUCUGCACAACUCAUUGAUGAGUUGUGCCAUCAAGGAUCAGCCCCAGCUGGGGAUAUCAACAUGCAUUCCCCAUCAGCAGAGUCUUCAGCUAGCAGCACAGACAGGCAUAGAAAUGGAUCCAUAGCAUCUCCCAUGUCAGUGCAAGUGGGGUCUCCAGUCCCAGAGUCCAUUCAAGACAUUUUUUUCAAAUCUCUGCUUCCAUCCAAAAAAAACAUACAAACCACUCAACCAGCCCAGUCACAGCUGUCUACUGUGGGUGGCCUCAUCUACCACCCAUAUCUCAGCACACUCCACCUGGCUGUCAAUGAAGAAUUUCUCUGCCUUGUAUGCACAAGUUGCAAGAUCACCACUCCCAGAACCAAUGUGACUGACCACAUUGCCACCAAUCAUUCCAUCAUGAACAUGGAUCAGAUCCAGCUCAAUGGUGCCUUGUCAGAAACCAAUGUUGCUUCUGUUCUCCCCACAGAAAUCAGAGGACCACAAGGCAUUGUCCAAGGGCUGGCAGUCUGGGAUGCAUUUUCAUACAGGGGCAUCUCAAAUACACCAUUGCAUAGGCACAUGCUAGUGAAGAUGAUGGAUGGCUAUGUUGUCCCAGUGGUUGCUUUGCUGGCCUUUGUCCUUCACAAAGUGCCUAGAAGUGAAGAGCUAGCCAAUGCAUUGCAGACACUACUGGAAGGAUUGCAGGGCAGGGCCAAUCAAGAUGACAUUUGUGAAUGCAUUCAUGCAGUGUUGAUCAUCACCUGGACCAUUACUUGGAAACAAAUCACACCUGGCACCAUUGCAGAUCCAACCGAAGAGUGUCUUGCACUCCUGACACUGCAGUGA